CCGACGACGACACAGAUCGAGAAGAAAUGAAUCGUACCCCAGAACACGUAGAACCGAGCAGUCCUCUCCAGGGUUUGGGAGAGCAGGACACGCCCGAACCUCUGAAUCGUGCUUGUCUUUUGGAUGAGAGCGAUUUACUCCUUGAAGAUGAAGGAUCCCCCGAUGAAUUCCCUCCUGACGUGGUCCCCGAGACUCCAAGCCCCUCCUGCCGUAGAAGAAAGCGACGUCCAUGCGGGGAUGGGGAUCAAGGAGUGAAACCCCACUCAAGUACCGAAGCCAGACGACACAGUAAAGAGAGCCUCAGUGACCCUGCCGUGACUCCCAGUUCUUACCGGAAACAGAAGCGCAGGAAGCUCCCGGUGUCAGCUGCAGGGUCCAGAGGUGACUGGAGUCAGAGCUCCCGCUCAGAACACAGUGGAUUUGUCCAGGCUUCAUCUCUUCUGUCUCAGUCUGACUUUGCCUGGCUGGAAUCUCCAUGCCCAUCUACCCCUUAUUCUUCUUCCACCAGCUCUUCAUCCUCCUCCUGCUCCAGAGCCCACCUGUCUCCAGAGGAAAGAGCAAAUAUUGGUUGUGGGAGUUCACGUAAAACAUCUCUGGGAAACUCUCCCCUCAGGAGAAAGAAAUGCAGAAAGUCUUCCUCUACCAAGGGCAGGUCCAGGCCUUCUGAACCUGCUUCUGCUGUAGAGACAGAGAGCUCUCUGUUGCCCAGCACAGAGGAGGGUGAAGUCUUCACAGAAACAGCAGCAGAGGGACAGAAUAGAGAUGUGCCCCAUGCUGCUUCAAAGCCCCAAGACAUGAUAGUGAUAAUUGAUGAUGAUGAUGAUGACGACGAUGAUGAUGUUGAGGCCAUGGUCCGGUCUGCACAAAUGGCUGAGGAUGAGGCGUUUGCACGAAGUCUUCAGGAGCACUUUGAUAUGGAAGAGAGACUGUACCAGGAGGAAAACAGAGCACAAGUUACACAGCCACAGAGUCAUUCCCACACUCACCAGAAUGUUCCCUUUGUGGAGGGCUGGAUCUCUCCUUGGGGCUCAGUCAUGGGCGCCAGCCUGAAUUCGGCGUUGUCUGACAUCUCAGUGCUACCUCGUAUAUUUAUUGGACAACACACACAACAAUCAGGGCGUUCUCGAGGUCAAGCGCGCAGCUCUCGGUGGAGAGGGAAUCGUCACCUGUCUUUUGACAUUUUUGAUGACAGCCAGGGAAACAACUAUGAGGCUCUUCUGGCCUUUGAGGAAAACCAGGGGGCUGUUGUGACAAAACAUGUUCUGGGUGAGGGAGAGAUUGACAGGUUCCCCACUAAAGCAUUUGAUCCUGCCCACAGUGGUGGAAAGACAAACUGCCAGAUUUGUUUCUGUGAUUACACAGAGGGUGACAGGCUGAGAAUGCUCCCAUGUCUCCAUGACUACCAUGUCGAGUGUAUUGACCGCUGGCUAAGUGACAGCGCCACCUGCCCAAUCUGCCGGACAGAUGUGACAGAAUGUGCUUCUUCCACUUAA